AUGAAUGAUCAACAACAAAAGUUCGUCGAUAGGUUGAAUUGUAAAUUUUAUGGUGAUUUCCUUUUGAGUGAAAACCCAAGUACCUUUGCUGAUGCUGUUCGAAUUUAUCGCCAAUUACCAACACUUUUAGGCAACAAGAGUGAAAGUGCUGUACCGAAAAAAGUAUGGCUGUAUCCGUUAAGUUUAUUGGAUAAUAAAGCGAUGCGAGUAGUUCGAGAUAUUUCAUCGAAAUUAAUUGAUUACACAAUAUCUCUUAUUGAAAAUCUUCAUUCUUUUGAAGUAACUGCUUUGGAUUUAUCGAAGGAUGAAAUUUUUACUCAUUUCGAUCAUAUGAAAAAUCAUUUAUUGGAUUUCGCUGCUCGAUUAUCCGAGUUUCAACGUGUUUUGAAAGAAAAGAUCGUAUUAUACCUACCACAACUACGAGGAAAUACAGGUGUUCAAGAGUCUGUUUUAUUUAAUUUAUUUAAAGGAGUUGACUCGUCACCAUUUAACAAACGUACAUUAGAGUCGUGGCUCAACGAGAAGCGACAAAUGAUUUCGUUAGUCACAUCUUUGCUUGAAACUCUUGUUGCAUAUAAAAAUUUGAAUGCUACGAUCAAAUCAUCAUCAUUACAUGGAAUCGAUUUCGAUUCUCACUAUGACUAUACAUUCUGUCUUUCAUUGCGUUUCGUUGAAGAAAAUGAUCCUCAGCUUACUGACAUGCACAAUUAUCUUUACGGUAACAGCAGUUUCAAAUCGUCGAAAGGUCACCAAAACAACAAAACCUGGUUUACAAAUCAUCGUUCUAUGACAAAAAUUCGCAAAGAUUUUCGACAAUUUGCGGACUUUGCUAAAGCGAAUAAUGUUGAAAAUCGAAAAAUAAAAUUCAUCGUUGACGAAGAGUAUGCAGUAAAUCGCUUGAAAAGUACACAACUCAUUCUCUAUGAUGAUGAAUCAAAGAAAGUAGGCUUUAUCGUACCUAGUAAACCAGGUGCACCCUAUGUAAAAAAUGUCACUGAAAAUAAUGUAACACUUGGAUGGACGGAUGCUGCUAGUGGAAGUGAGAAAAUAAUUAAAUAUAAAGUUAUGUACCGACAAUAUAUCAGUAAAACAUCAGACGACAGAAAUGAAAAUCAAACACUAGGAGAGUGGGUCAGCCUGAAAACAUCCGAUAAUCGCCAAGAGAUUAUCAUCUCAAACCUUCCAUCAACAAUAACAUUUGAAUUUCAAGUACAAUCUAUAACUGCUAUUGGACUCAGUGCAGUUAGUGAUCUCAGCGAGCUGGUAACAAUACCUGGAAUCAAAGCUCGUGAGUUGAUAUGUCUUUCUUUUUUCCUACAUCAUUCGCAUCUUUAUUUUGUUUUUUUUUAA